AGGCUGUCUGUCGUCCUGUUCGAAUGACUUAAGGGGCAUUUUCGGUACACAGUGUAAAGUGUCUUUUGUGCUCAAUAAUGCUUGAGAAAUCUCACUACUCCUGGGUUCUGGUAAAUAGAGUAUGUUGACAUUAGGUGGGAAUUGCGGUGUUUAGAGUUGCUGUCCAUGUUCUCCGUCACAGUACUUGUGCGUUUUCUCUUUUUUUUUGCAAACCUUUCUAAUGAGUUCAAUUGUUUGCGAGAGCAUUUGCUUAAUUUUAACCUCCGGGAACUAAAAGUACUAGCCACAUAGGUAAUUUUAUGUUUGACACGCUACACUGCAUACGCUGAAACAUGCAGUUCAACAACUGGAUGAUUCCAGAAAUAUAUCAACCAACAAAUUAGGUCAGCUCACUCACUAACUACUCCCACCGACUUUCAGAAAUCUAGUCAAUUAGCCAAGUCUAAACAGCAAAGGUACACACAGUGCACGCAGGUAUACAGCUGCUUGCACCCGUGUCGGCAUCGGAUAUUUUAACGAUGAAAUCAGUAGCAGUCAGGCAGAUGAACUUGUAGCUUUGUCGGGUUACAUCCCCUUACUGUGUUGUCGUGCUGUUCGACUUUCAUAUAUAUGAAUACAGGUAUGUGUAAUCUGUUAGACAUUACGCAGUUCUAUGGAUAUGCAUAAGCCUGGAUUUUAAUUAAUUAGGUAAACAAUACAAUAUGUCAGUUGCCUUCCAGAGUUCAAGUCUAAGAAGUAAAUGUCAGAGACAAAAUGUCCUUAAGUAAAGUAAAUUCAAAUGUGAGUCUUACAGGUCAUAUCUGGCUAGUCUUUUGACUUGGUUUGGCGCCUGCAAAUCAGUUAUCACUGAUUAGUUCAUCUACACUGUAUUUCAGAGCAAGAUUCAACGAAACGAUGACAAAAAUCAAGAAAAAAAUGUAGUUUCAGAUAAAUUAAUUUGUAUGUAACCGGUACGAGUAGCGACCAUAUAGCUGAAAAUGGGACCUUUAUUUUGAUACCAAGAGGGGACGUUUACGCUGAUAUGGGGACGCUGUAUUCCAUCAGAUUUAUACUCGCGUAAUCUCGCGAUUCGAAUCGAAGUACUGUUUGGUCUAGAAGGUUUCUUCAGAAGAGGGAGUGAGGCAAGUAGUAUUUCUCUGGAUAAGGCGGACCACUCUUUGUGAAGUUUUGGGUCAUUGAUGGUGAGGGACGAACGCAUUUGCCCAAAGGUACAAGGGGGCGAAGUCUUGUACCCAGAAUAAGAUUGUUUGCAAAGACAAGGGGCCAGAGUCACUUAAGCAGCAGGAUGCCGAUGGGAGGUGACAGAAAUGAAGGCUUGACUACAGAAAUGCAGGUGGUGGACACCCAGUCCAAGGCUCUCUGUUUGGACAUGACAACGAAGGUGGAGGAAGAGAAGAGUACAGGGGAGGUGAUGGAGAUGGAAGAGAAAGAUGAGCAUGCAGAGCAAGAAAGUGCAAGCAUAAAUAAAUCUGUCCAGCAUCAAUAUUCCCAAAGUCUGGCCCUACAGGGAGUGUCUCUCAAGAAUCCAGAAGAUGACCCUCCCCAUGACCAGCACCCAAAGGUAGAAUAUUUCCUUGGUCAGCCUUUCCAGUAUGAGCUAGAGGACAAGAACAGACUAAGUGUGCUCACCUGGAACCUCGACGGGCUGGACAGUGAAGACCUCCUGAAGCGUGCUGGGGGGCUGUUCUCCAAUAUUAAAAAAUAUCGGCCAGAUGUCUUACUGUUGCAGGAACUUGUACCGGAAUAUUUGCACUGCUUGAAGAAGCAUUUUGUAAAUUACACCUUUCUUCAAGGCAGUGAUGAAGGUUACUUCAUUGGGAUCAUGCUGAGAAAGUCCAGAGUUCAGCUUCUCCACAGCAACAUUGUUAAGUUCCGCACAACAUCGAUGGACAGGAACCUACUUAUGGCAUAUGUGAGCUUCUUUGGCCGAGAGCUGUGUGUGAUGACCUCCCACCUGGAAAGCUGCAAAGGAAGCUACCAGGAGCGACAGGUCCAGCUGAAGAAGGUGUGGACGCGGAUGAGGGAGGUACCGAAGAACAUCUCCGUCAUAUUCGGAGGGGACACCAACCUGAGAGACAAGGAGGUGAGCAGGCUGGGGGGGCUGCCUGAGGGCAUUUGCGAUGUUUGGGAGGCACUGGGCAAGCCAGAAGACUGCAGGUAUACGUGGGAUACGGAAACCAAUGACAACAAGGACAUUCCCCAUUCGGUACGGCUACGCUUCGACCGCGUUUUCAUGCAAGCGGCCAGAGAUGGGCCGGCGGUGGCUCCUGAGAGCAUGGAGCUGAUUGGCCUGGAGAGGCUCAGCUGUGGGUACUUCACUAGUGACCACUGGGGAAUCCUGUGUGCCUUCACCGUUGGACCAGAAGUACCUAUAAAUAAGAGUUCCUGUAAAAGAAGAAGGAAAAAAAGGGAACAAGUGGGGAUCAAUGGAGGUGAAAGUCAUUCAGAGACCAUGAGCUGUCAGGUCCUCGAGGAGGACAACAUAAAGAAGGGUCUGGCCCUGCAAGGAGAAUCAUCCAAGAACCAGGAUUCAGGGGCAGAUUCUCAACAGGACCCAGGACAAGAGACUGAAUGCUUCCUAGGACACCCUGUCCAGUGUGAGCCAGGGGAGAAAGACAAGCUAACUGUGCUCACGUGGAACCUUGAUGGACAUGACCAAGAACUAAAGCGUCUUGGUGGGCUGUUCUCCAACAUUAAAAAGUCCAUCCGGUUGGGGUGUUCAUCCUUCCCCCCUCUCAAGCACCCGCAGCUUGCUUGGCUUCUUCCUUUCAGAAGAUGUGGGUUGGGCUGCCAAUCCUUCCCACCCUCAUUGCCAUCUCUCCAGCCGUGUUCCGUCUCUUCAGUUGUCAUGAUCUUAUUCAUAGUCUUCAUCCGACAUUUUUCUAGUUACUUCACGUGCAUCAUGCUGAGAAAGUCUCGAGUUCAAUUAUUAAAUUGGAAGACAAUUAACCUUCCUUCAGAAACAAUGCAAAGGCACCUACUUAUGGCUGAUGUGAAGUUCUGUGGGUGCAAGUUGUAUGUGAUGACCUCUCACCUAAUAUGCGGCAAAGAGAACUCUCAGGAGCGGCUAAACCAGAUUGGAAAGGUGUGGACACAAAUCAGAGAAGCACCGGACAACGUCACGGUUAUUUUUGGAGGAACCUACUCAUGGCAUACGUGAACUUCUAUGGCCGUGAGCUGUGUGUGAUGACCUCUCACUUAGAGAGUGGUAAGGAGAACUCCCAGGAGCGAAUGAACCAGCUCAGGAGGGUCUGGAAGAGGAUGAGAGAGGCAGCAGACAAUGUCACCGUCAUAUU